UGUAGGAGGCGCCACGCGGCUGUUGAAAUGAAGCUUCAAACACAGGCCGAAGAAGAAGCUGCUUCUGUCACAACAUCCGUCAGACGUCAUCGUGCUGAUUUAGUUAUUUUAAGGAUGUUUCGGACUCCACACACGAAGACUUGUUUGAAUCAGCUCAGACUGGUUUCGUUGCUCAGAUACACUCAUGAACGAGGCUCUCCUUCUUUGAGAAGAGAUGAUGUACAACACAAGCACUUCUGCUCCAGCACUGUCUCUAGAGCUUUCUCUGAUGCGUUGGACUCUCCCAAACAUGUUUGUCCACCGGCCACCAUACGGAUACACACUGGCACUCGUUUUCUAUUAACACACAUGAGUUAUGACUGUAUGAACUGGCUACACAUACCAAAUGCUUUCUUGCUGUUUUUACACACCUCUCAAAGCCCCACUAAUCGAAGCAAAUGCCAGAAAAGCGGUAUUAAAAGAUGCUGCAGUGUCUUAAAGCGCAGCACAGAAAGCACUAGCAUCUUCCGUGGGUUGACUAGCAUUGGCCCAGUCCUUUGUAAAGCUGCAGUCCAGACUCGCGGGCUGCACAGAAACGCCCCUCAGCGGCCUGUGAUGGACCAGUGUUUGUCUGCAGGGAACGAGGCUCGCUGCAGACGCUCGCUGCAGGCCAACGCUGCUCUGUACGCUUGGGAAGGGAAGAGCUGGGCCGCGGUGCUGGUGUGUCUGUGUGCCGUGAGCGGGGUUCCCGCGCUGCUCUUCACGCUCAGAUCCGCCACACUGAAGGGCAGGCACAAAGGAGAUGUCAGUUUCGCAGGGGGAAAGAAGGACCCGUCUGACAGGACUGUAGUAGACACGGCUCUGAGAGAAGCGCACGAGGAGCUGGGGAUCCACAUCAGUGAGGAGAAAGUGUGGGGUGUGCUCAAACCGCUGCGUGAUACGUCUGGAAUGAUGAUUGCGCCUGUAAUAGCCAAUCUUGGACCACUGGAGGUGCUCUCUUUUCAACCUAAUCCAAGUGAGGUGGAAGAGAUUUUUACCCUGACGCUUGAGCAUUUGUGUCAACCCCAAAACAGAGGCUACACACACUUCCGCACUGGAGAUCGUUACGGGUACACACUCCCAGUGUUUCACAGCCCUAAGCAUCGCGUCUGGGGUCUCACCGCAGUGGCCCUGGAUCACACACUCAAAGUUAUUGUGCCACCAGAGCAGCUGUUAGACCACAGCGUGGUUCAGUAGCACCUUCCUGAGACCCCACCAUUGGUAUGUUAAGGGUUAAUGACUGAAUUAAUUGUACUGGUUAGCAGCUUUGCUUUAGUGAAAAGCCUCCAGUGAAAGCAGGAGUGUUUGUUUAUACAAAGCACAUUCAUUUCAAUGUACUUUUGGGAUUUAACAUUAUACAUUGUUCUCCUUCAUCUUUACCCAGAUGAUUGUUUUAAAUGUGUGUCUAAUACAGAUGUCAUUUUAUUUAACAUCACUGCUUAUAAUUAAAGUGUUCACAUGCUUUAAA